AUGUUCCGCAUGCUCGCCCCGCUGCAGCUAGGGGAGCGGGCGAGUGGCGGGGCGGUGUCUGCGGCGGUGGGCGCGGUGCUGCGGGCACAAUCGACGGGUGAUGUGGAGGCGGCGGUAGAUGCGCGGUCAGAGAUUCUGUCGGGACCGUCAUCAGAUAGCUUGACGAGCUCACAGUGCGCCAAGCUCAUUCUCAAGCUCACCAAGUUUGGCGUGUGCGAGCCUGUGCGGCACCUCUUUGCCCGCUACCAUUCGCUGGUGAUGGAGGAGGCAGAGCGCAAGGCGAGCGGGGCCGAUGGCGGGAGCGGCGAGACGCUGGCCAAGGCCGGGCGGGUGUACGAUGCCAUGCUCACCAUGCACUGCAAGCAGAACGAUGUGGUGGGGACGGAGAGCGUGCUGGCGCAGCGGGCGGCGGCGGCGGUCCCGCUCUCGACGCAGACGUACAACACGCUGCUGUACUUUUACGGGGUGCGGAAGGAGUUUGACAAGGUGGAGGCGACGCUGGCCGAGAUGCGCGCCAAGGGCCUGCCCGAGUCGCUGACGACGUACUCGAUCCGCAUCAAGGGCCUGCUCUCGGUGGGCAUGGCUGACGAGGCCGCCGACGUCUUUGACGCCAUGGUCGCCGCCGGCCUCGAGCCGAACCGGUACAUCUACCAGACGCUCAUCUCGUACUUUCUCAAGCAGCACGAGUUUGACAAGGUCGACCAGCUGAUGAGCGCCAUGGCCGACGCCAACAUCCUCCCCAACGUUGUCCUCUACACCAACAUCAUCGAUACCUACCUCAAGGCCGACGACUUUGACGAGGCCAAGCGGGUGUACUCGACCAUGCUCGCCGAGCGGGUCAAGCCCAACGUGGCCACCUUUACUUCGUUCAUCCAGGCCUACCUCAAGGCCGGCGACAUCGACUCGGCCCGGCUCAUGUUCCAGAACAUGCUCGACCUCGGCAUUGCGCCUACGGUCCGGACCCACACCGCGUUCCUGGUGUACUACACCCGCGCCGGUGACGACGCUGCCGCCAAGGACACCCUCGACACCAUUCUGGCCCUCCGCCCGUCCAAGCUCGACCGCAUCGUCUACACCGCCAUCAUGCAGCCGCUGUACAAGGCCGGCGAGACGAGCCAGGCCUGCGCCGUCUUUGACUCAAUGUUUGCCAACCGCGUCUUCCCGGAUGCCCGGCCGUACAACAUGAUGAUGGCGCUGUACCUAAAGGACGGCGACAUGGCUGCUGCCGCCGACAUCCUUGACCUCAUGGCCACCCACAAGCACCCGUUCAAGCUCUGGUCGCUGCUCUUUGCCGAGAAGCGCCUCGUCGCCGCCAUCGACCCGGCUGUUCUCGACGCCUUUGUCCUCUCGGCGCUCUCCCGCGAGCGCGCCUACAAGCUCUCCAACCGCGACAUGCGCUUCCUCGUCCGCCAGUUUGUCUUUGCCGGCAUGGCCGACGCCGCAGUCCGCACCUUUGCCCAGGGCCCGGCCCUCAUGGGCGCCUCGUACUCGCGCUCGACCUACAACUACCUCGCCGGCGAGCUGAACAAGGCCGGCAUCCCGCUCCCGGACAAGGCCGCCAUGGCGGCCGUCAACGACGACCCGCGGAGCUUUGCUACCGCCGAGUAGCGAGCCUAGCUCACCGCACCACCGAGCUCGAGUUGAUCCGCUCAAAGACCCCGCGCGGCGUGCGUGGCAUCGACAGCCGCGACCGCCGCGAGCCGUUGGACUGCACAGAGAGCGGGCCGCCCGAUGAGACUGCGCCCGGGCGCACCGCCGCCUCGCGGAUCUGCGCCAUCUGCUUGAGCCGCGCCAGCGAGACUCGGUCCGUCACCGCCGCCGCAUCCGCCGACCACACCACCAAGCACGGCGUCGCCAGCCCGUCCUGGAGACAUCGCGUUCCGAGCCGCAGCCGCGUCUCGGCCGCGUCGUACGGCACCGCCAACCACGGCAUGCCCUCCAGCACCGAGAGGUACGCGUCCCCCGUCUCAUCGAGCCCGACCAUCACAAACUCGAGCUCCUUCUCACCGGCUUUCAGCUCGGCGUACACCCGCCGCAGCUCCCGAAUGAACCACGCGCCGUCUG